GGUUCACCAUUUUAUCACUCUCUCAUCUCUACUGUAUAUUCUUUUUUCGUUUCUGACGACAAUAUCGCGACAUCUUUUAUUUUUCUUCUUAUAAAAGAAGAAGACCUAAUUCUGCAUCAUUAUUUCUAAAAGCUCGCAAAUUAAGUUGCGUAUUGCUCUAAAUCGACAAAAAAAAGCAUUUUGCAGUGAACUUAGCUUUGGUGCAAAUAGAUAUGUCUAAUGCAUUGACGCCGGCUAAGAGGCCGCAUGAUCGGAAUUAUACGGAGACUAAUGGAAAAGGGAAGUUACAAAAGACAGCUGGCCUUAAUUCCCCUAGCCGUAAUGUAGUAUUCCGAGUACUUUGUCCUGCGUCUAAAACUGGAGGUCUUAUUGGUAAAGGUGGUUCCAUUAUAUCGCAAAUCCGUCAAGAAACUGGUGCCAAGGUUAGGGUUGAGGAAACUGUCCCCGGAAGUGACGAGAGAGUUGUAGUUAUUGCAGGUGCCGAUAAGGAAAGCAAUGUUAAUGCGGAGCAAAAUAGAGAGGAUAAUGAUAGUAAAGAGGCUAAUUUGGAGGGAGAAGGUGAUGAUACAACGGUAAAGGAAAUUUCGUCCUUGCAAAAAGCUUUGGUGCUCGUUUUUGAGAGAAUAAUUGAAGCAGAACCGGAGGCAGAUGGAGAGGAUGAGGGAAAGAAGAAGCUUUCUUCAUUUACGUUGAGGUUACUUGUGCUUUCCAGUCAAGUUGGUUGCCUUUUGGGUAAGGGUGGUAGUGUAAUCAAGCAAAUGUCAGCUGAAAGUGGGGCACAGAUUCGGAUUCUUCCAAGAGAUAAACUUCCUCCUUGUGCAUCACCUAAUGAUGAACUUCUGCAGAUUGCAGGAGAGACUGAUGCGGUUAGAAAAGCUCUUCAAUUAGUUGCUCAGCAGCUUUUGGAGAAUCCACCAAAGGAUCAUGACUCUUAUCCUCCCAAUUCAAUGGGACCUUCAUCCAAUUCAUUUGUCCAUCCUUUUCCUUGGCCAGAAGCAUAUCCACCACAAUACCCUUCUUUUAAUGCUCGAGGAACUCCUUAUGGUACUGGACCUCGGGAGUUUCAUGAAGGUGGUAUGCCUGGUCGAAUGAGGGCUGCACCAAAUUUUAUAACCUUCCGCUUACUGUGUUUUGAUGAGAAGGUAGGCGGUGUUAUUGGAAAAGGAGGAUCAACAAUAAAAAGCCUCCAGCAAGAAACAGGCUGUGAGAUUAAAGUUUUGGAAGGGCUUUCUGAUUCAGAGGACCGCAUCAUUGUCAUAUCUGGUCCAGCGCACCCAGAUGAUAGGAUAUCAGUUGUACAAGAUGCUGUCCUUCGUGUACAAACCAGGAUUGCUAGGGCCUUACCUUUACCUGAUGGCAAGGACAAGGCUGUGAUUGCAAGGCUUCUAGUCUCCUCUAAUCAAAUUGGUUGUCUCCUUGGCAGAGGUGGUUCUAUCAUGACGGAAAUGAGGAAGUCAACUGGGGCAUAUAUUCGUAUUUUGGGAAAGGAUCAAGUUCCAAAAUGUGCUUCAGAAAAUGAAGAAGUAAUUCAGAUAAAUGGAGAGCAUGAAAUAGUUCAAGAAGCACUUGUGCAGAUAACCACUAGGUUACGCAAUCAUGUCUUCCGUGAUGUAUUUCCUUCUCUAGACUAUCCUUCCAAUCCUGCCUUUCUGGACCAAGCACCGCCAUUUCCUCCAUAUAUGGGAAGAAGGGAACCAUCGCCUCCAUUCCAUGCGUUUCACAAUUUUGAUGGCAUGGGUGGUCCACCGCCGCAUGCUGGUUUCCAUCCCCAUGACGAUCAUUCUCCUUUCAUGCAUAAUAUUCACAGACCAGGCAUGCCCCCGCAUUUUGAAAGAAAACAUUGGGGUCCUCAGGGACAUAUUGAAGGUGGUGCACCAAUGGGCAUGGCGGACUUUGGAGGGCACCCUAAAAGAAGAAUUUCUAAUUUUGGAGGUGUAAACCAUCCGGCUAUCAUCACAAGCACAACUGUUGAAGUUGUUGUUCCUCGUUCUGUGGUCCCUGUAUUAUAUGGAGAAGGUGGUGCAUGUUUGAAACAAAUUCGCCAGAUUUCGGAUGCAAAAGUUACGGAUAUUGAGCCGAAGCCUGGAGCAGUAGAAACUGUAAUUGUAAUAUCUGGGACUCCUGAACAAACCCAUGCAGCUCAAAGUCUUAUUCAAGCAUUUGUGAUGAGUGAAAGGGAGUCCGCUUGAUCUUUAUAUGAGGUCACAUUUGUAAACACCUCUCUCUGCCUUCAAAGUUUUGCCUAGUCAUGCUCUUGUACGCGUAUUGUGAUAAGUUAUUCUAUUACUUGCUUCUGUAAUGUAUUUGCAGAAGGGACCGAGUAAUCGCAAAAACUUGCAUCUAGCCAAUGCUGUGAAGAUGGAAGAUAGUUGCACCUCUAACUUGGCAGUUUUUGUGAGUACAGUGAAACUCGUCUGCGCUUUAUGGUGAAAUGUAUUACAUACUUUUCACAUAGUUUACUAAUUUGAUGGCUGGCAUGCAUGUUCAAUUGCUCAAAAUGUAUUUAUGGCAUCCACUAGAGUUGACUUACCAAACUUACAUUUUGGUGAAAUCUGAAUGAUAAUUUUGUAGUAGACAUUCGCAAGGAAAGUCUUUGAUUAGUACUUAAACGUCCUACUUGAUGCCGUGGAUUUGUUAGAACAUUUGGACUAUAUUAGAAUUCUUAAUCACAGACCUUUUUGUUUGUCA